AUGGCUGAUACUGAAGAAAAGAAGAUUGUCGAACAACAAGAGGAGGAAGUUGAAUCCCCUGAUGUCCACUUUGAACCCAUCAUCAAAUUAGAAGAGGUCGAAGUCAAGACCAACGAAGAAGAGGAAGAUGUUCUUUUCAAGAUGCGUGCCAAGUUGUUCCGUUACAACAAGGAUACCAAGGAAUGGAAGGAGCGUGGUACUGGUGAUGUCAAGUUCUUGCAACACAAGGAAACCAAGAAAGUUCGUUUGUUGAUGCGUCGUGACAAGACCCUCAAGGUCUGUGCCAACCAUUUUGUCGAUUCCCUCAUGAAGCUCUCUCCCAAUGUUGGUUCUGAUCGUUCUUGGGUUUGGAAUGUCACUGCUGAUGUCUCUGACGGCAAGCCCGAAGCCGAGACUUUGGCUAUCCGUUUCGCCAACUCUGAAAAUGCCAAUCUCUUCAAGGAAAAGUUUGAAGAAGUUCAAAAGAUCAACCAAGAAUUGGCCAAGAAGGGUAAGGAGGACAAGAAGGAGGACGAGAAGAAGGAAGAUGCUUAA